CGGAAAGGUGGAAAGAAAUAGUUUGCGAUAGCCAGCCCCAACGGACACCAGCGUGGCAAGCGGCUUCAAUAUGAACGCGUUUCAUUCAUUGGUGACCGUAGUCCUGUGCUGUGUGGCACUCGUUACCGGCGAGUCGGGGCUGAAGUUCAGCUUCGAGGAUGGCAUGCCGGACGUGCGCUGCCCGCAGAACGAUAACCCGAUGAACCCGAUCCAUCUGCCAGUGGCAAACGAUUGCGGUAAGUUCCAGAAGUGCUUCAAUGGCCGUGCCUUCACGAUCAGCUGCCCACCUGGGCAGGAAUUCGGGAUGCAGCUGCAACGGUGUGACUACCCGGUGUUCGCCCAGUGCCGAAAGGGAUACGUUCAACCGCAACCGGCAGGAUUCGUCUACGAGAUCGGGCAAACCGAUGCGCGGUGUCCACGAUUUGAUGAUCCGUUCCAUCCGGCACAUUUGGCGCAUCCGACCGAUUGUAAGCGCUUUUUCAAGUGCUUCGAUGGGCGCGCGUACGAGCUCGAGUGUCCAGAUGGGCAGGAAUGGGGUAAGGAGCUGAACCGAUGUGAUUACGCGUUUCUGGCGCGUUGUUCCACCGGUGGACGUCAGGAUCAGCCUGGUGCCGAGGAGGAAAAGCAGAAGGAAACCGAGAUCGAGAACGCACAGGACACGGAAAGCAACGAGAGCGGCUCAGCAGGUGAAGGAAGUCACUCAUCAGAAUCGAAGGAAUCGAAAGAGUACGUCAAACCAGCCAAGGCCGAGUUUACCUACAACGCCGGAGUGAAUGACGUGCGGUGUCCGAAAUUCGACGACCCGUUCCGCCCGAUUCAUCUCGCACAUCCGACCGACUGCCGGAAGUUCCUGAAGUGCUUUGAUGGUCGUGCGUACACCAUCGAAUGUCCGCCCGGACAGGAGUUUGGUAUGCGCAUCAACCGCUGCGAUUACCCGCAGUUCGCCCAGUGCUCGAUGACGAACGGACGCAAGAGCUUGCGCAAGGCGGCCACUAAAGACGACUACUACUACGACGAUUACUACGAGGAGGAAGACAUCCCACUCGAUUCGACCGAAUGGACGCCGGAACAGCGGGAAAUGAUCGCAGGUACACAGGAUUCACGCUGCCCGGACAUCGAUGAUCCAGCCACGCCGGUUCACUUCAUCCACUCGAAGGACUGUGGAAAGUUCUACAAGUGCUAUGAUGGACGUGCCUAUCUGAUCCAGUGUCCGACCGGGCAGCACUGGAGCGUCCGGUAUGAUCGGUGCGACUACCCGAAGGUGGCGAAAUGUACCAUCCGUGGUAGUUAG